CGAUACGUUACAAUGCUUUGCCAAUCGUUUCUGGUAAUGAGCGCGUUUAAAUAAACACAAGGCUAACAACUAAGAUUACGGUUUUGAGAGCGCUGACGACGGCAAAGUGAAGUCUGCAGUGCCUAUACAUUUGACAAAAGGAGAAACUGUGAUUACUUUUCUUGAAGAAGUUAUAAUACUACAGCCGUGAACAAUUGCAAGAGUUAAUUGUGGAACAACAGAACAUCAACAUUCAUUGCUUGAUCAAGAGCAGGGCUGUACAAUUUAAAGAUAAUAAAAGCAACAUUCAGUUUUGUUAAAGAUUUGAGUUAUCAAAAAUGUUUAUUCACAGUACAGGUACAAUUUAACAAGUCACUUAAAAAGUGUGUCAAAUGAGGCAUGAAUGAUAAUACCAUUGAAAUGCAAAUAAAAUACAGUUGUGAAAAGUGCAGGUUCUCUACAAAGGAUUUGGACAAGUAUAAAAACCAUGUGGCUCUUCACAAUGACAUCAAAUUUUCAUGCUCACAUUGUGACUAUGUGUCUUAUACCAAAGGAGACUUUCAGAGACAUUUAGUGACACAUACUGGGAAAUUUCCAUAUAGCUGUGAAUACUGCGGAUAUGGGGCCAUUCGAAAUGACUACAUAGCAAAGCACAUCAAAAGAAUUCAUGGGAAUGGAAUGAUACAAUGUUCAGUUAGUGUUGAGAAUGAUAUAAAGAAUGCAUCUAUUAAUAUCAUACAAAAUCCUUUGCAGAGGGACAUACAAAACUCUUCACAAAAAAUACCACCUCAUUCAAAAAAGUCCAGCCUCUCUGAAGGAGUAAUAGAUUUAACAUCUGAUGUGGAAAGUGACGCCUUCGUUCAGACACCAUUUGUAUUAAAUAAAAAUAUUGUUAAUGUCCAGGACAGUCAAGUAGAAGUGGAGGUAAUAUCGCCAAUGGAACAUUUGCACCCAGGGAUGCCGUUAACUGUUCUAGCACCUUCAUUUGAAGUACCUCCUAACUGUUUUGCUCAGGUUGUUGAGAUGAAACCUUUUAAUCAUACAUAUCAUUUAGUUUUAAAGCUUUAUAAACAGAUACAUACAAGUUUACAACAUGAUGUAAAUACAUAUACAAAUCUACAUGAAGAACAAAAACAUUCUGAGCUUGUUCUUAAAGUGUCUCCACCUGGUACACCUGACAUAGAUGUGAAGCCUUGUUUGUUUCAGGCAAAUGCUACAACCAAUGCUGAUUACAAUGGACAACUGCAAACAAGUAAAGUUGCUACAGGAGAGGUCUCAAGUGCUGUUACUUUUCCUUAUAUGUCUCAGGAUUUGGAAAACAAGCAGAAUUUUUCUUUACCGGAAGAAAGGAUUAGUCCUGUUCUAGAUGGUCCAUUUAUUUCAUCAGUGUUUUCUCUCAGCUCUGGGUCUAAUGAACUGGAAGGUAUACAGUGGUCAAGUAGCGGUACAACGGAUAUUUGCUCAUCUGAUGGAAGUGAUAGAAUAGGUUCUUCAAUGUCCUCUGUUUCUCUUAAACACGAACAUGAUGAUUAUCCAAUAACUUCUCUUCCGGAGCCAAAAUAUGAGCAAAAUAUGCACAGUCAAAGGCCUAACCUACAGAUUGAUGUAAAGGAAACCGGCAUGUAUAAUGCAAGUUGUGAAGAAACAGAGGAAGUGAACCAGAAAAGUUUGGUUGCUGAGAUACAGGUUCUUCCUGUUAAUCCAGCACUGCUACCACAUGAUAGGAAAUGUGAAUCUCCUAGCUCUAUUUUGGUCAACAGUCAGAAUAAAAGAAAACGAAAGCCAAGCUGGAAAGUUAAACAAUUAACUGAUUUCUGUGAUAAACCACAUACUCUCUUUUUAUCUUGUGACAAAACUGUUAUUAUGCAACCUGUUUCCUGUGCCACACAAAAGACUUGUAAAAAUGUGCCUGCCUUAUUAGAGAAAAAAGUAUUUACAGCGUCAAAAACAAGUGAGGAAUAUUCCAAACUAAUUUUUGAAAAGCCUGCUGAGAAAUGCCAUGAAGUGUUAAAACAAUCAAAAUCACAAACACAUGCUGAUAGCAAUCAAUCACAAAAGCAGUCUGUAAAGAUAAAGAAAAAUAAAACAGGGAAAGAAAAAGGUUCCCAAAAGCAUCCAGAAAAAAAACAGCUCAAAAAACAGAUGGCUCCAAAAUCUAAAGUAGCUAGCUUGCAACGUCCACGGUCUCUGAGGCUUACAUCAGUUAAUGGUGAUCAGCUGAUACAGAUUCCAGGCUUCAAUCAGCCGGUAGUUGUGUUAAACCAUCCAGAUGUGGAGUCGCUGGAAGUUUUUCAUAUAAUGAAAACAAUCAACCUGUUUAAAGGCAAAAUAAUUAAAAUAACUCUCCGGAAGAGACUACAUUAGUUUCCCACGAAAAUAAAUGUAUGUGACAUAUUUGUA